UGGAUAUAAAAAGCCGAAAACCGCUUCCUUGGUUUCGGUGCUUGGGGGAGACGAAGUCGGGAGAAAACAAUUAAAAAGGGGGAGUUUAGAGAGGUCGAGGAGGACCGCUCGCUCGGGUCGAUAGUGAUGGUGAGUGGAGUAAUGCAGAGGCUUGGAGGAGGGGGAGAGGCGUGAAAGAAACCACUUUCUCGGGUUCUUUUCAUAGCUUUUUUAGAAGAUUUCGUGCUUUUUUUUUUUUCUUUGUUUCCGAUCGGUUUUUGGUGUUUGAGCGGGGAGAAACGGGCGAAUUUCGGUUAAAAAUCGAAGCUUGGAAGGUUUAAGCUCGGCUAAUGGCGAAGAGGGUCAGUUGAACUGGAGCUUCUGCUGUUGUGUUGAUCUGGUUUUGAUUUCAAUAGUUUGGGUUUGAAGAGCUGCAGCUCAAGAUCUCUCCGGAAAACCUACAAAAAUUAAAACUCUGCUUGCUUUCUGAGGCGGACGAGUUCUAGGAGGAGAAGAAGAGGAUAAAAAGGGUCGGACAGGGGUCUCCCGGCCCGAUCCGGUGGAGAGGAGGGGAGGCAGAGAAGGAGGAGAGCAAAGGAUGAUGUUCGGAUCUCCUCCGACGGCGGCGGAGAAGGAUCUGAAAGUUCCGUACCUAGCGGCAACGGCGCCUUUCAACCACACGAAAGAGGAAUCCGAUAUCCUGCACGGCCAGCAGCAGCAGCAGCAGCAGAUGAGUUCCGGCUUGCUCCGGUACCGAUCGGCUCCGAGCUCGCUGCUUGGGGAGGUGUGCGAGGACUUCCUCCCGGCGAGACCCUCGAGCCUCCAGACGGAGGCCAUGUUCGCCCGCUUCCUGGCGCCGGAUCCCAGGGACGAGAUCCGGAACAAACCGGCCUCCGCCGGCGGCGGACAGAGGAGCCCCCAGUUCGCCCCGCCGGCGCCUCCGGCGGCGGCAUCCGCGACGAUGGAGCACGGCGGGGCGGAGGAGCUCGCGGGCCAGCAGAGCGGCGGGUUCUCUGCUUCCCAGCUGCUGUAUCACUCGCAGCAGCAGCAGCAAUUGCCGAGCCCCAGCCCGGUCGAGAGCUCGUACCGUGUAGUGAGUUCGAUGGCCAUGGAGGCGGAGCAGAUGAAGACCGCUGCCGGAGCCGCCGUUGGCGGCGAUGGCGGGAACUGCUUCAAUCUCAUUCGGCACAGUAGCUCCCCCGCGGGCUUUUUCUCACGCUUCGAUGUAGAAAAUGGCUAUGCGAUGAUGAGAGGCAUCACGGGUUUCAGCAAUGGGAAUGGCUCCAUGGGGGAUGGCACAAAUCCUCCAAAGGGUCAGAUAAGCUUCUCUUCAAGGCAAAACUCCUCGGCCGGGCUCAUGUCUCAGAUCUCUGAGAUAGGGAGCGAGUGCAUGGGGGGACGUAGCCCAGAAGAUGGUAACUUGGGAGUCGGCAAUGGCGGCGGCCGGUGUUACAUGCCGGGCUUUCCGGCUGCCUCCUGGGAUGACUCCCCUCUGCUUUCCGAUAACUACUCGGGGCUUAAAAGAGCCAGAGAGGCCGAGGGGAAGAUGACCGCGGGUCUCAACCCAUCAAACCCUCAGAAUGGAGAUAUCAGGAGCCAUGCAUCGGGUCUCACCCAUCAUUUUAGCUUGCCAAAGACCUCGUCGGAGAUGGCUGCAAUCGAAAAAUUUAUACAGUUCCAGGAUGCUGUUCCUUGCAAGAUCCGAGCCAAACGGGGUUGCGCCACUCACCCACGAAGCAUUGCCGAGAGGGUGAGAAGGACUAGAAUUAGUGAAAGAAUGAGGAAACUACAAGAGCUUGUGCCUAACAUGGAUAAGCAAACCAACACUGCUGACAUGUUAGAUCUGGCUGUCGACUACAUCAAAGAACUCCAGACACAAGUCAAGACCCUAUCGGAGACCCGUGCGAGCUGCACCUGUUCUGCGAGCAAGCAGAAGCCAUGCCCGAACCCGGCUGUGUGAACCUAGCGUAUAGAAAAGCGAAGAUGGUGGAGGAGGUGAUCUUAGAACCAGAGAUGUCUCAUUAGGGAUGAACUUUCUACCAGUGGGAGAAGGCCCCAAAUGAAGCAGACAAGGAGGAGGAGGGAAAUGUAUAGCUAUCACUAUUAGAAAGUCAUAUAGCUGCCGUUUUGUAUGUAUUUUCACUUUGCUCUAAUUAAUUAUAUCUCAUCCACUCCACAAAGGAGUUUGCUAAAUUUACUUCAA